GUUUUUAGCAUUGACAGCGUUUAAAUGGAUACAGAGCGUUCAGUCUUAUUGUUUUUACAAGCUCUGUAAAAUGAAUUACAUUUGAUUGAAUGUAAUGUUUUAGUGCUUUAUCUAGCGAUAAAGCACAUAUAUUUUUUCUGAGUAAAGCGCAUCCACACAUGAGUAACAAAAGGACAGUGUCCAAACACCGAAAAACUCCCGCUGAAGCAACUGAGAUCCACGUGACGCACCAUUAUAAAGAUGGAGUUUAUUAAGGAUGAGACUGAAGAGGAAAGGCUUGUAGAAGUAUUCCGCGUGAAACAAGAAGAUACUGAGGAACAAAUUAAGAUUGUGUUUAUUAAAGAGGAGAGCGAAGACACGAGUUAUGAAGAAGCUUUCGGAGUCCAACAUGAAGAUAUUGAGACACAAACAGAGAUGGUGUUUAUUAAAGAGGAGAGCGACGACAUGAGUGAUGAAGAAACAUUCAGAGUCCAACAUGAAGAUACUGAGACACAAACAGAACUGAAUCAGCUAAAAGAGAUGAGUCACGAACUGAAGGAAAUGGAAGAGAAUAAUCCAUGUGAGAAAGAUUAUUUAAUAACUGAAGAAAUAAGUUGCUCAUAUACAAAAAAUAAUUCCCAAAAAAGAGCUCGGAAGGCAGAAGCUAAAAGUCAUUUUACCUGCCAACUGUGUGGAAAAAGUUUUGCUCGAAAAACAAACCUUAAAGUCCACAUAAAAAGACAUACUGGAGAAAAGCCUUUCGCAUGCAAAGAGUGUGAGAAAAGUUUCACACACAAAGCAAGCCUUAACGUUCACAUGAGGAAUCACACUGGGGAAAAGCCUUACACCUGUCAGCAGUGUGGAGAAAGUUUUAAACGUAAAGGAAACCUUAAUUGCCACAUGAAAAUUCAUUCUGGUGAGAGCCCUGACAACUGCCAACAGCAUGGAAAGAGCUUUGAUCAACAAGGAAAGCUUAAAGUAAACAUGACAUUGCACACUGUAGAAAAGCAUUUCAUCUGCCAACAGUGUGGAAAGAGUUUUGACCAACAAGGAAACCUUAAAGUCCACAUGAGAGUUCACACUGGAGAAAAACCUUAUACCUGCCAACAGUGUGGAAAAAGUUUUACUCAAAAAGGAACAUAUAAUGUUCACAUGAGAAUUCACACUGGAAAGAGCUCUUUCGCCUGCGGUCUGUGUGGGAGGAACUUCACACGAAAGAACAAUGUUAAGACUCACAUGAGAAUUCACACUGGAGAGAAACCUUACACUUGUAAACAGUGUGGAAAGAGUUUUACACAUAAAGGACACAUUAAUACCCACAUGAGAGUCCACACUACAGAGAAGCCAUUUUCAUGCGAUCAGUGUGGAAAGAGUUUCAAAUGUAAAAUACACCUUAAUAAUCACAUGGGGAUUCACACUAGAGAGGACUUUUAUAUGCCAUUAUUGUGAAAGGAGUUUCACACAAAAAAAAACAUCUUAAGAAUCAUGUAAAAAUUCUCAUAGCAGAGAAUGUGCCAUCAUUGUGGACAGUUACACAAACAUUGGAAAACUUAUGGAUAGGUAAUUCACACACGCACACGUGUUAAAUUUCUCUCGAUAAUUAAUUUAAAUGCUAUAAUCCAAAAAAAAGUGAUCUUACCACACUACUUCAUCUAUGUGUUUCAUAUAAAGCAAGAAUAAUGAUACAUCUAAUAAGCCACAAAUUACAAAAAAUAUUUUUACACUUCUGGUCAUAUAUUGUAUUGCAAACAUGAACAGCUUGAAGUUCUUAAUGCUUUGCGUUCAGGUGGUUCUUUGUCUCUACAUUGUGCAUUAAAGUAAUUUAAUGCACAACUAGCCAUGGAAUAUCCUUUACAAAAAACAUGGCAUUUUAUCAUUCAUUCCUAAUGCAGGUUCAAGGGUUCACAUACUCCGCCAGCUUCGCCAGGCAAAAGAGGAUGCUUACAGUAGUGAGGUUAAAAGCCUUGUACAAACAAACAAAAGCACACUGACAAAAGACAUCAGAGUGGCGAAGUUACUUGAAAAGCUGAAAAAACUGUUUUCUAUCCGUGAGCCUGCAUCAGUUUGGAAUUCCUUCAAAACUAUUACCAGCUACAAGAUGCCAUCCCCCAGCACUGAGGUGAAUCAACAACUGGCUGAAGACCUGAAUGAGUUCUACUGCGGGUUUGAAUAGCCUGGUCUCACAUCUCUCACCUGCUCUGACUGUCUCUCCACACAACCUUUAAACAUACCCCGUUCCUCCCACCUACUGCUUCCUAGCCUGCACUCAAGAUCUGUGAGGAAGAUGUCUGUAGAGACUUCAGAAAAAGUAGAAAAAAGUAAAGCCUAAAGCCCAGACAGUGUCUCACCAGCCUGUCUCAAAGCCUGUGUGAUACAUCUUCAGAUCACUGGAGCUGUAUGAAGUCCCCUCCUGCUUCAAGUGCUCUAACAUCAUCCCUAUAAUAAAGAAACCAAAAAAUCCCAGGGCUAAAUGACUAUAGACUUAUUGCCCUUAAAUCUGUGGUCAUGAAGACAUUUUAAGUCAUUUGGUUUUUGGCCCACUUUAAGGACAUUACUGGACCUUUGCUAAACCCUAUUCAAUUAGCUUAUCAAGCAAACAGGUGCAUGGAUAAACUUCCUGAAACACGCAACUGAACACACACACAACUGUGGAGAUGAUCGCAGACUUUAGGAUAAACCUCCCUGCACUCCCCCUACUCACCAUCAUAUACAGCACGGUGUCAUUCGGUUUCCUGGGCAUGACCAUCUCUCAGGACCUGAAAUGGGAAACUCACAAAGUUUUUUCUUGCCACCAAGAGUUAAAGACUGUUAAACUUUUGGUAAAAUAAGCACUCAUCACUGUCACUUUUUAGUUAUCUGAACAAUCACAGUGAAGGAGGGGCGGGACUAGGGCUGCAUGAUAAAUCACAUGCAAUUGUCAUGCGCAUCUUGUCAGUAAAGCUGGUUCUGUGAUUAGUAGUUAAUCUCCAUCUCUCCAUUAAGUGUGCUCAGAUGGAAUGGACUUUAAUACACAGAGCCGUAGUUCGCUGACCAGCUAUGCAAUAUCGAGUUCAUAAUCGCAGGUUAAAAAAUAAUGCUUGGAGAAACAUUUCAUUAGGGAUUCGUCUGUCAUACUGCUUCAGCAUAUAUUCCAUAUCAUACCAACCACAACGUUUAA